GUUUAGUCUCCGCCCAUCUAGGGCCUCACUUCACUUUAGUAUAUCAGUACAGGGAGACACAGAUUUCAACAGAAAAACAUACAGACUGCAGUGAAAACAUCGUCUCUGUCAUUAUACUCGAUGAAAUAUUAAUAAUAAUUAAUUAAACACGUCACUGUCCACUGUCAAACUACUGAAGACUCGCCACAGAUUGACGUGUUUGCCGUAGCCUCUCUGUGUCAAGAGACUCACUAAUAUUUUCAAUGGAGGAGCUUCAUAUCCAUUGCCUGAAAUGUGUCAACCGCCGAUGUAUGAUAAGACCGGAGGCCAGCAUUUCCUGUGACCUUAUGGGUUGCCCUCUUGUGUGUGGGGCGGUAUUCCACUCAUGCAAACUGAAUGAACACCGCUUACUGUGUCCGUACGAAAGAGUCCCGUGUUUGAACCGUGGAUUCGGAUGUCCGUUUACCCUUGCCAGGGCCAAAAUGGCACAGCACCUUGAAACAUGCCCAGCCAGUGUUGUGUGUUGCACAAUGGAAUGGAAUCGAUGGCCAGUGAGUUACACAGAUCGCAAGUCCUACGAGAACUUGAGUAAGGAGGUUUUUGACGUGGAGCAGCUGGACAUGGCUCUGGCCCUCCAGGAUCAGCGAAUGUUGCUGGAGUCACUUAAAAUGGUGACCACUGUGACAAAAGCUCUAAAAGAGCAAAAUCAGGACAAUUCCAGUCCCCAGGAAUUGGACCCGGAAAAUGAGUUGAUUGAAAUGGAGGAGGAACCAUAUGGUGAACCUUACACACCUUCAGUGGAAAACAGUAGAAGCUUUGCUGCCACUUUGGACAUUCUCCGUAGUGCAAAGAAUAUUGACUCAAUUGUGAACAAUCCCAAUGGUGAACAGAACGGAGCUUGCAACGGUGUCAGAAAUGGCGAUGGAGCCAUUAGGAACGACGCAACGAAAGAAAGUGACACUGAUUCAGAUUCAGAUCUGGGAGCGGUAGGUGGAGCUGACUGUCCUUUUCCAGUAGACCCUGAAGACGAAGGAGAUGAUUGGUUGGAGACCAGUGGAUGCGGUGAAUCUUCCGAAGAAGAAGGUGAAGUGAAUGGUGGAAUAGAACUCAAUGGACUUAGUAAUGAAGGGGAUGGUGAUAACCAGGUCAGACUUGAAAGAGUCAAUGGUUCUUCAAACAUUAGGCAGGUUUUACCUGAUCAUUCCAUACCUGUUUUAGCACAAGAUCCAGAAAUGGCCCACUUGCCCCAACUACCUCUUCCUAUGCCCAUCCCUCUACCUAACCUGAUGCGCAACAAUGUUCUGCACCAUUUGCCUUUCAGAAUUGAGGACCGAUGGCUGGAGCGCAAGUUGGACAAUCUCCAGGUUCUUAGGGGCAUGAACUUGUUUACAAUCAACGGUCGAAGGACUCUGUUAUCCGACCACUAUUUAUUCAAAGCCAAGAUGGAGGACAAGGCGGUGGAUACGUCAGACCUUGAGGUGGCGGAUGAUCCAAUGGGUCUCCACGGCGUUGACCUCAUCACUGCUGCCUUGCUCUUUUGUUUGGGGGACUCGCCCGGAGGUAGGAGCAUCUCGGACAGCCGCUUUGUAGACGGGUAUCGCAUUGACUUUGGCACACAGACCUUCUCCUUCCCUUCUGCAAUACUGGCUACCAGCACCAUGGUAGGUGACAUCGCCUCAGCAUCUGCCUGUGACCACGCCAGUCCACAACUCUCCAACCCCAGUCCAUUCCACACCCUCAGAUUAGACCUUGUUCUGGAAUGUGUUGCUCGCUAUCAGACCAAACAGCGCUCAAUGUUCACCUUUGUAUGCGGACAGUUGUUUCGCAGGGAUGAGUUUUCUUCCCAUUUUAAGAACGUCCAUGGGGACAUCCAUGCUGGACUUAAUGGUUGGAUGGAGCAAAGGUGCCCGUUGGCGUACUAUGGAUGCACCUACUCGCAAAGAAGGUUCUGCCCUUCGGUACAAGGUUUCAGAAUAAUCCAUGACCGACACCUGGGCUCAUUUGGAGUGCUACCUGGGCUAACAGCUUGUCCCAAUGAGCCUCUAUCCAGAACUGACACCUGCCAGUUUAGGUCCCACUGUGACCACCUUAGUGACCUGCCCUUUGAGCUACUGCAGCACAUUGCGAGCUUCCUGGACGGCUUUAGCCUGUGCCAACUCUCCAGAGUGUCUUGCACUAUGAGGGACGUGUGUGCCAGUCUUCUUCAAUCCCGUGGCAUGGUGGUCCUGCUCUGGGAUAAGACAAAACGAGCUGAUGGAACCUCAUCCUGGCAGAUUACAGACAAGGUGUGGCGGUUUAGUACAGCGUUUGACACUGUGAACGAGUGGAAGUUUGCUAACAUUUCCAGCAUGGCCGACCACCUCAAGACGUGCAAGUUUAACAUGAUAACAAGGAGGGAAGAAGCAAUCCCACUCCCAUGCAUGAGUUUCACAAGAGAACUUACGAAAGAGGGACGCUCACUACGUUCAGUGCUUAAACCAGUGAUAUAGACUGUAGUCAAAUGCAGAAGAUUUCAUUUUAUAAUACGACAUGCCUUAUGUGUUUUGGUGAACAGCAACAUAAUCGUUAAAACGAGCCUCAACUUAAUAAACCACUUUUCAAAGUGAUGAAACAAUAUCUACCUGUUGUAUUGAUAAUGGUUGUGCUGUCUUGUGUUUUUGAUACAUUAUAUUCAGUCUUUUUUUUUACAAAUUCAUUGCUUUUGUUGAGAUAUGUAGCUUCAAACCAGAAACACUGAAUUGUUAAAUGGUGAUGACCAAAUGGAAAACCAUUGUCUGCAUUUUUGUAAAUCAAGAAUACAGGAUGCAAGUGUUUCUAUAAUGUAGAUCAGUGAUUCUCAACUGGUUUUAUUUUGGACCCAAAUUUACAUUGUACGUGAAAUGGUGACUGCACACAAUAUCGGGUAUAUAACCCAUAUUUACUGUUGCCUUGUUCAUGUUUUCUUUUACCUUGCAUAGUUUUUAUCCUUGAGGAUUAAUAUCAAGCAAACAGUCUUUUUUGGCAUUUAAUUUGACCGAUGAAUUUGAUCCAAAAUACAGUUUGAUUGGAUAUAAAGCAUAAAAUAUGGGAACCAUUCCACCUUUUAUAAGUCUAUUUUUCCCCCUGCUGUCGCAAAACAGAUCUGCAAACCACCAGUUGAGAACCACUGAUGUAGAUUUUAAUCUCCUGAUUUCUCUCUCGUAGAUUUAAAAGUCUAUAAAGACAGUCUUAGACAUUUUUCCUUUUUAUCAGUCUAUCAGAACUAACACAUAACAGUCAUUUCUCUAAGAAGCAUUUAUGGAGUUUUUAGCUGUGUAGUAUAUAGUACUUGACACUUGACACUUCCAGUGGUCAUCCUUUGUCUUUUAAAGCGUAAACAGAAACACAUGUAUAUGUGCUUGAUCUAUGUUGAUGGCAUGUGCUGAUUGACAAAUUACAUUUUACAAUCUUCCUGAUUGUGAGUCGCUGCACAAAACCUGCAGGACAGGUACAAGACUGCAGUUGUAGCCUGUCAUGAUUCUUUGGUUGCACACGGUGCAUGUGCAGAUGUACUUUUUUGUCUCAGGGGUUUAACAUGAAGCACAUGCCAUUAUAGACAGUUUAUCUGUGAGAAACUUGAUUUGAGCUUGUGAUUCUUCCACUUUUAUUUGUUAAAGUCAAGACAGAGUUUACUGGUCAGUUUUACUGUGUCUUUUCAGGUGUGCAGUUACAAUGUUUCAGUUCAUUAACCUUUUUUUUUUUAGGUUAAUCUGAGAUUUUUUUAAGGAAUUUGUUGUGUGAUGUGCUUUACUCCAUGUGCUUUCUACAGAUAUUGAGUAUGAGUUUCCUUAUAUUUGUGUUGAGUGAUGAAAAUAGAGCAUCAUUCUGAAACAUUGGAGUUUCUGAAUAAUCUACUUCUAGCAUCUUGGAAAACUGAAGAGUCAUAAAAUGCUUAUUUUUAAAGACUUUAUCAAAGUUGACAUCAGUUGAUGUGCACCAUGUUGUUUUUUUCUGGAAUUAUUUUUUUCCCAAAGGAACAAAAUGCAGUGUGGAAGCCAUUUUUUGGUUUUGAAGAAUUGUUUGAAUUAAUUUACAUAUAUUCACUCUAGGUUUUCCAGCCAUAUAUCAUUGAAUGAGGGGACUCAGGUAUUUAAAGAAGAGUUGUGGAAAAGGUUCUGUUGGUUUAUUUGAUUACUCUGUGGUUUCCAUUGUAUUUUUAAUUUUGAAAGUUAGUGUACAGUCAAUUCACUCUCAUCUCCAAACCCUGACACUUUUGUAAUUCAGUUUUCAUAUUUGUGGUUUCACAUGAACUCAUGCAUGUCUCAACCCCCCUUUUUCUAUUGUAAAAAAUCAAAAACUUUGUCCAUCUUGGUUAUUUACAGUUGUUUCACAUGUUUCAUCGUUUGUAUUUUUUAAAUAUUAUUUAAAUAAAGUUUGAAGAAAUCCAA